CGUCAUUCAAGACCGCGGCAUGGCCGCUUACGAGGACCUGAAAUCGGCGACCGAGGGCUGGUAUUGCCGCCCUCUUCCUGCACCAAUGGUAACGGGCGUGCUGCCCCGUGGAGAAAUCGAGCCUUUUCUCGAACUCACGGACGACAUCGGGGCCAACGAGAACCCACUGGUGCACUACAUUGAUUUCAUCACGGGGCAUAGAGACCCAGUCCCCCCCGAGCUCGACGAGCAAUACAAGGCGGCCUGGAAGGACGACAGCUACCGCAAUCUGCCGCCACCGUUCGGGUUCAAGACGGCGCCGCAACACCACAUGACGCUGCAGAUUUGUAUCCUUGACGCCCCCGACGGCACGAAGACCAUAAUCAAACACUGCGUCAUCCCCAACAAGGCGAAGACGGCCGUCUUCGCCAGCCUGGCUUUCGGGAGCGUCAAGAAGCUCUGCUUCCAGCAUCCCAAGGUGGGGGUCAAGGUCUGGCAAUACGCCUUCGAGCGGUUCGGAGGCAAACAGUGUCGGGCUUUCUUCUUAUCGCCAGACGUCAAGACGGCCACCAAGGUGAACGAGUUCUACGAGCUCUCGGACGAGGAUAUAAACGCUGGCUUCGAAUACAUCCUGAAGAACGCGCCUCGCUCCACGGCCGAGCUCAAGCAGCUGGUAUGGCAGACGAAGGCGCCACGCAAAGGCGCCCCCCUCUACGGCUGGCCCGUCCCCCUGGUGGCGAAGGCGUUGAGCGGGCUCGCGGCGGAGGGCGCGCUUGCAAAGAAGGAGUUCGAAAACAACGUGAUCCUCUGCGAGGACCACUUCAACCUUCGCGUUCCCGAAGCCAUGCAGGAGCUGAUCAACAGCAACGAUUCGCUUGUCCUCAUUGGGGAGCCCAACAUCGGCAAGACGCCGCUCGGGCGCGCAUUCCUGAUGGCAAUGUGCCGCAGGAACGCGCGGGUCCACGGAUUGGACCCCGCGGGUUGUUGCAUCCGCGUCACGCCUGAGAUCGAUUUCUUGCGUGGCGAGCCCGGCGACAUUCUCAUGGGGGACUUUGUGGACGAUGGCUGCUUGAAUCUCCUCCCGCCCAAGAUGGUGAAGGCCUUGCUCGACGUCGGCCAGUACGAGAGCAUGUGCUGGGCCAGGUGGGGCGCAACGAAAUGGAAGAAGGGGGAGCCUCGGUGCUUGGCGGACCAGACUUACGAUCCGAAUGCCGAGAAGCUGGACCGCUGGCCCUCCGUGAAGUUCCAGGAAUUCUUCGAGCUCGUGCGCCCUGCCUUCUCCGAGAAGGCGACCCGCGCAUGCAUGUUGGCUUUCUUCAAGCGUUCUGCGUUUCUGGUGAAUACCCAGGAAUACCUCUACUGGCGCCCAGCAGGCACUGAGGAGAAAGAUGUUCCGCGCAUUAACUUCAAGGGCGAGACCUUCCUGACGGCCGAGGGGAAGCGCCUGUACCUACUGCAGAAGGACGGCGACAUGACCCCGCCCGCCAAUAUCCAGCAGCUCUUGGAGAAGGAGCGGCUCCUCGUGGACUCCGCCGUGGAGAAGAACCGCAAGAAGUCCUCAGACGCGGCCCUCGGUUCUUUGCCAGCCCCGUCGUUCGUCCAGGUUUGGGGGUUCAAAGAUGCGGCCCUGCGGGGCGGGGUCCUAGGGCUGAGGGAGCACUUCAACGUGAAGCGAGAGCGCGUGUCCCCUGAGCGCCUGACGUUUCGGAAGCGCCUGCUCUCGGGGGUGACGCUCAAUGUCGACAGCCCGUCCCCCGCCAAGCAACAUGCCGCGGCGUCGUCCACUGCAUCUGGGCCCGCGGCCCCGCCCCGCGACGAUCUCGAGGUCCAGCUCUCGCAGAUGCUGGCCGAGGAGGGGGCGCCCGCUGUGCCUGCGAUGCCCUCGGCUGCGGAGGAGGACGAGGUGCGGCGCGCGGGUUUCGCGGGCAGCGAUGGCACCCUCAGCUCGGGCGCUGAUGCCGCGCGCGCUGCCGAGAAGCGUCGCAACAAGCGGUCGGUGCAGGCCGCCUCGCGCCGCCGCGACAUUUUGGCCAAGGCGCGGAAGGCGCGCAAGGCGGCCCAGGCCAAACGCAAGCGCUUGGAAGCCACGGGCGUGUUCUACACGCCCAAUCGCCAGCGGGUGUCCCGCGUGCGGCGCGGCAGGUCUUCCCUAGCCAAGAUCUACACGUACGAGGACCUCAGGGCUCUGAAGACCAAGGAUGCUUACGCCUUGAUGGUCCAGGCGGGGUACCUCGGCGACCCCUCCGAGAACGUUUGCCCCAGGUGCGGAUGGCCAUUGGGUUCGGUGAUUCACAGGGGCGAGAAGCGGCAUCCAGUCCAGAGGUGUCAGCGCAAGGCCUGCUCGUCGUCCUCGGUGCAGGUGAAGGCAGACUAG